CCCAUGAGUCAGUCGUGCACAGCCGGUCGCGUCGUACGGUUCACGUGUUAUGCGAGUACGUUGACUGGUCGUCAGUUCGAAACUCCAGGAGCGCACAGAAAAGCGUGCGUGUGACGCCUUCUCUCUCGUUGCUUUCUACGUUCCCUUCGAGGAGAACGGUUGGUUGCGAUCGCCGAACGACGAACGUUCGCAUUCCGAACGACAACCGAUUUCCAGUGCAUGAACUUUUCUUUUCGCGUUUGCCGCUGCGUUUCGAGAGGACCUUGUGAAAGACGCCGACGGUACCCAGAGAUGAGAAAUCUCGUGGAGAGACAACUGUCUUGGCUUGCUCUGCUCGUGACAGCAUUCUAUUCUCUGCUUGGCAGUUGCCGGAGUGCAGACACGAGUCAAGAGUGUGGGCCCGAUAGGUUGGUGAAGUGUGGAAGACCUCUCGAAAGAAUCAACAGUAACGACUUCAGCUUCGCGACUACAAAAGAGCGCUUGCAUGAGCGAUGCCCGAUCCUGGAAUCCAGCAUGAGGUGCAUUCAGAGGUACACGUUCGAUUGCCUGGACGAAGACCAAAGGGAGCAGUUCAAUAAUCUCUACGCGGGAACCAACAAAGUGGUCAUGGAAGUUUGUCAGGAUGGCCCUUACCAGGACGAGUUCAUGAAGCAUGCACCGUGCAUGCACAAGGUUCAACCGCUCUACGAACUGUGUAUGAAAAAGUAUCAAGCGAUCACUCAAGAAAUGGAAAGGAGCAACAGUACGAGUCCAGGCGGAUCUAUGAAAAACCUGUGUUGUGGCUUCAGGGAGUAUUUGGAUUGCUCGCACCACUCCGUUCGUCGACAGUGUGGCGAUGACACAGCUCGAUUUACAAAGGAGUUCCUUGACAGAAUGUCAGGUUCAUUGUUAAGGGAACACUGCAAACCGUAUACAGAGAUGUGCGCGAUUGACAGCGGCGCCAGCAUCUCUAGGAUAUUGACAGCGGUACCUGUGGCGUUGAUUCUGUUCGCAAGGUACUUCACGUAAGUGGUUAAGCACCACUCGUAGCCGGAAAAAGGGAACGAUUUCCGUACACCACGAGCGCCGUGCUGAAACCAGGGGCCCUCCGUUCGUUCUCUACUUCAGAUUCGCCAGCGUAUUUCUUUUUUUUUUCGAAGAGGAACCAGAGAGAGAAAAAAAGAGCUUGCUCGCAUACAUACAUACAUACACGGGUGCCAAGCGCAUCGAGUAUCGAGAGGAACGGAGGAGGAAAGGGAGUAUAUAGGGAGGAAAGGAGACGAAGAAAAGUCGAGGGAACAAGGUAUAGACCGAGCAGGGACGAUCAAAGCAACGACACUGCGAGGAAAGACGAAAGUUUGCAACUUCUACUCUCUGCACUCGUGCGGCAAGUGUUUCUCUUUGACGUGAGGCUCGAGCCUCGUGGAAAACAAAGAGGAGAACGUGCUUUCAGACAUCGUGGCGAGUUUAAUCGGCCAAUUGAAAGACACGUGUCCGCUGAACUGUUCGCCUACCAAUUCCUGGAUAUUUGAAUAUCAGGUCCGGAAAAACAAUUCUCCGUCGAAGCAGGGUCAACAUCGGGAACACGAAAUUGCAAACUAUUGCGCUCAACGUGUGCUCUGUCUUGGUUAUAAGAGUUUCUAAUGGCUUCGAACAACACCGAAGAAUAUCGGGCUACUAAUGUCUUGAGAACGCACGACUAAAACGGCCGAGACCGUGUCAACAAUAUGUGCUCUACUCUCAGGCAAAUUUCGAUGUUUGAAAGGGUUCGCGAGGGGAAUACCUGUACACUGUCGAUUAUUUUCCCGCUUGAACGAUCGAGGUUCGAGGCGAGAUAUUUUUCUCCUCGUGGCCGAGGGAGGUGGGAACGAUUACUUCAUGUGUGCGAUACAGCAAAAGCAAGAGACGACCUAUGAAUACUGAAAGCGAUCGUGGCCCGAAAAAAAAAGAAACAGCUAAAGGAAGUCGACGACCAUUCUACGUUUUCCGUUUCCACGUUCCUGCUGAUCGCUGAGUCUUCUGUUUUUUCUUUUUUCUUUUUUUUGGAUAACGCAGAGCCACGCAAGACCUGAAUAUUUCAAGGACGGGUGAGAUUCGAAUAACCUAGCUUCUACUUUUCCGGAGCUGUUCGAUCGAGCAGCGAUGUCGUUUUCCAGCACCUUCGAAUCUAGCCUCAGUUCUUGACUAUGCCGACUUUCUAUUAUUCGAGGAGCUUCUGGUAAACGACAAAAGGAAGGAAAAAAUGGAACGAUGUUUGGUAAGAUGGAAUCGUUAUCUUAUCAGCCAACGACCGCGCGAUUCCGCCGGUCUACAAACGAAGUGUCCCCCGCGAUGAGCACUCCGUCUCGUCUGUCGAUAAUAGCGGCGAUCCUUUUGUAACGAACACUCCAUCGGGGAACGCAGCGAAGUGUCUAGUAUUGAAAACGGUGUCAACGGAUGGAGGAAAGCUCGUUCCUUCGAAUUCUACGGAGAAGCCGGGACGACGGCUUAGCAGGUCCGAAAGAGAUUCUCAAAAGGAAGAAUGAAAGAAAGCAGCGGAGCUGAUGGAAACGCGGCGAGAAUUCAUUCUGGCGCCCUUGUCGACAGACCCUUCGACCGGUUUAAGGCACCGGAAUUGAGACCGGCCGGAUAUGAUAAAAAUGAAUCUUCCCUCUUACUUAAUUCGCAUUCGAGUAGCGUUUUCGAGCGUUUCCGUAUAGAACCCAAACUACGCAGACUCGAAAGUGGAAAGUUGUUGGCGAUGAGGAACACAACUCGAGACUUUUGGUUCCUUCAUUGCUUAUGCAGUCAUUGAGCGAGCUGGGAAUGAGAUAUCCGGAAAGUGGUGUUUGACGAUGGCAAGGGGGAGAUAGACGGCAAGUAGGGACUGUUUUCACGAAAACAACGUCGAGGUCGAUCAUGUCAGCGGAUUAUGCUGGGUAACACUUUAUUCUAAACCUGGCCUUUCGAAUAACAACAUAAUUGUUGAUUUCUUUCUUCGACGUUAAUUUGAUAGUCAUUUCGAUUUUUUGACAUUUUACUACCUUGAUGCAUGAAACUGUCUCGUACAUAAUCGGCUGACGACACUUUAUUUACUAGGAAGUAAAUUGGAUUUCUAUUCAUAAGUAGUAUUUAAUGAAGUGGUGGUCUCUCGGUGGUAAGACGUUGGAAAACUCUUCGUGAUGAGGAGCUAAAGAAAUGAAAUGAAAAUUCAUAGUACAGUGAAAACUCGGUUAUCCGAACUAAUGAGGAGAAUAUCAGAGAUUGGAUAACAAAACAGUUACUUGGUUACAGUGUUAGAUUAAAUCUUUGAAUGUACAAUAAAUAAUAUUGUACAUGAACCGGUUAGAUCGAACUAUUUACACGCGAGACGUAUUUACAUUUUAAAGAAUUCAGAGGUACGGAUAAUCGAGGUUCGACCAUAUAUUAAAUGAUUGGAACGACUUUCCAAAAUCGUGUUAGUCAAGUUGCCGAAAAUGGUCUUUGUGCAAUGCGUAAGCAGGUAUAUUAACCCUUUACGGACUAAAAACUUCAAUAAUGUGAAAAAUUAAAAACAUAUUCUGAUCUUUCAUCAGACACGUCAUCUUAAAGUAAGAUAUGCAGUCCUGUCAUCACUAUAUCAAUAUUCUUCCUCAAAGGGUUAACCCAAAUAGUUUAUCAGAUCAUGGAUGAUAUUGUCGUGGCUUUUGAUCGAUCUUCCAAGAAAUCCUCAACCAUUGAUGUUCAACUAGAGAAACCUUUGGAACACUGUAGAUAGUGUGUCGAUGUAACCUAUUUGGAAACAUUCGCCAGAGUUUGUGCAAUCUAAACACAUCAUGCCUAAAUGAAUCAGUUCAUCCGCUCAUAUCGAGUUCUCACCGUCUUCUCCAAUUUUCCUUUUUCCCGAUCUAUAUUACUGGAUCCGUUUAGUCUGGUUUACCUCCGGCGUCAUGCGUCAGCAUUACGCUCGAUAAAGCGCCAUGUAACUCAAACCUGUAGCAUGAAACGGAACUGAAGUCAACGUCUACGGAGCUACGAAGUGGCAGAGAGUACAAUAAAGUGACGACAAACGGCAACUGGAAGUAGAACGCUACAAGUGCCAGUCCGAUAUGUUAUUUUCUUCGGUUUCAAGAUGACCGAUGGGGACGCAGAUAGUCAGAUCAAUCGUCCGCGUUCUCGGUCCAGAAAAUAUUGCGAGAAACGUCAGCCCCAACGUCGAGUGGGAUGGUCGCCGUUCUCCAUGCAGAAGAGUGUAUCGUCGCAAGCGAACUGGAAGGAAGCAAAAAAGUAGCGCUGAUCCCUACCAGGACAAGAAGGGGACGAUGCUCUUCCGGUAUGUGCUCCGACACGGCUAUCGCGAGCAGAUAACGACACCGGCUCCCGGACAGCCGAUUCUCUCUUGAAAAGGAAUCACUUCCACCGUGCUGACUUGCUGGAAGUUUCAUCGAAAUUCUGAAACCCAAAUGCGAUUCGCGAGCUCCCUCGAACUGCUUAUCGAAAAUGUCUUGUAAGCGUACGUAUGCCGAGUUACGGGCUCCACUUGCUCAAACCGUUGCUCUUCCAUUACCUGUAUCGAAAUACGAUACUGUCUUCGACGCUGCCGACAACGGCCGUGGCAAAGCGUUUUCUGCGUUGCUGAACAUCAACCGUUUACGGUUCUGAUGGCUGGAUACUUUCGGAUUCUUUAAUGGUUCACGAGAAGUGGCAAGAGUCGAAAACGGAUUGGAUACGAUCCUUCCGACGACACGGGGAAUUGUUUGUCGCAUCCUUCCGAGCCACUUCGCAGCGUUCCUCGAUGAAGCAAUUGAUCAAGCAGCUACGGCGAAGCUUGUCCGAUCAAUUUCUCCGCUAGCAUUUCCUGUUGCAUUUUGGGAUGUUUGUUGAAAAAUCAUUGAGAAGUCAGGAAACUCGGAAGUAAGUUCCUUGGUAGAAGAACGUCAGUCAUGUACUAGCACAGAUCUUUUUUUAUUGGAAAUGUACAAGAGAGAAAGCUGGAAUGGUAUAGGUAUGGAAACGUCAUUUUGAGAACAGAUUGCAAGCACGUUUAUUGUGAAAGAUUAUCGCUUCCAUAUCCCUCUUGCUACCUACGGGGCAAAGAACCGGCGAAAGCGUCUCGCUGGAAGAGACGGAAACGGACACCAAAAUAGGAAAGCAGGGGAAAUGGAUCGAGUGUGUGUCAGCUGCUUCGACGGGGGUUUGAUUUGCGCGCACGUACCGCCUCUAGUACGGCUCGGAACGCGUUCUAAAUAACAAACAGCGAAUAUCUCAGGGGUGCAGGUAAAUCACUUUCGUGGCGCGAUCAAGAAGCAUACGUUACUCCCGUCGUAAACUCAUGGUCCGACGGAGAUUUUGAAUAUUUCGAACGCGUGUCGUUCUCUCGAACCCAUAUUCUUUCGUAGCGUCAUGUUGGAGUUCGGCAGGUUUCAUUCUUGAAAGACCAUCUAUGAUUAUAGGACUGCCGAUCUUGAUGAAAAGUUUUGCUAUUUCGAUAAACAUUUCUGUUAAACGAAGGAUAUCAAAUCUGUGUGCAAAAUUGUUAUGCAGCUGUAUUCGCUGUGAAGGUGUACAGAUGUGCUGUCUAAAGGUUAUUAUAUAAAAGAGAAACGAUUAGAACUGAAAAUUUUGUUUAAUUUAUGAGUUCGAGGGUAUGCAUCCCUUUUCCGUGGUGUUCUAAGGUUAAUUGGAAAUCUUGUCGAGUGUCAUCGCACUCAAUUCUUUGUUUCACCUGUUGCACUUUGAUUGAAACAAAUUGGUUUCUUCAAUUCAGAAAUCUUGUCAUCUUCAAUUCCAAAUUGCUGUUAUUUCUAGAUAAUCAAUUGAUUUGGAUUCCACAAGCUACUUCUGUAUAAUUUAGUAAUACAAAUAUGGUAGUGUCAUUCAGUAGUGAAGUUAAAUCAACGUUGCAGGUAUUACGAAAAAGAUAACAAUCUAUGUGUCGCAUAAUUGCAGUAGAAAAUUGAUUGAUUUGUCAUCCGAAUGUUUUAUACAAAAAAUUGCUUGGUAUACUGUUUUUUAUGUUUUACAUUUUUGAAUGUAAUUUUCCACGUUUCUAGUAACACUAAUGAUUAAAAGUUAGUAGAUAAUUAUUUCUCUCAAAUAUAAUUACAGCAAAGAAAGAAGUAUGACAGCCGAUUUCGCGCAUGCAAAAUUUUCCAAUGACACCAAUUACCACGGUGUGGAUAUUAAUCAUAUAAAACGCAGUAAGUGUCUACAUUUCUUUAAAUUAUUAUACUAGAACUGCUAGUCACUUUUAGAUUUUUCAUCUUCAAUUUCAUUCAUAGCACAUUCAUUAGCCCGCGAGAAAUUUGAUUAAACGAUAACAUGGGAUUCUUAUCAUUGAAUUGCGGAUCUUUUUGCAUUUAUGGGAUGCGCGGAUUAAAAUGUAUAACUUUAACAUAAAAUAAUAGCAUGUUCGCCGUAUUUUUGCAACGGGGAAUAUUUUAAUUCACGAAAGAAACUUUUCUUCAAUUGUGAUUUUUAUAAAAUAAUUUAUGAAAACGUGAAUCUAUAUAAAGAUCCGUAGUCUGGUUAUAACCAUUUAAAUUGAAUUCCGUCAUGUUUUCUUUGUUACACACUAACGCAAGAUUUGUUCAGGCAUCGAAAGAAUGCCUGUGUAAUCGGAGAAUAAUUAGAGAAUGAUGACACUUGUUGUCUCACGUUAACGGUAGAAAUUAAGUGGUCAAUCAUUUCUUGUCGACAAACAUCCCACCGAAUUUAUCUUUCCUUGAUUGAAGCGACGUAAAACUCGAAUGUGGACAAAGAACUGCAUUCGCAGCUGUCAUAUCACACAGAUCAUACCGAUCAGAAGAUUGCUUGUUCAAGUAGCGUUCAAUGCGGCGCGGCGAAUCGCGUUAUUGAACGUUCAAUUAUAAUUCGUACGAAUGGUGCUUCAUUAUGUUUUACUUGUAAAUAUUUGUCUGCAUACCGAGCAAGGAUUAUAAAUCUCUGCGCGUUUAUAAGUCAAAUUACGUUUGACGAAUCCAACGUGCUUGCAGCACAAUUCAUUUUGAUUAUGGCGACGAGGACCGCAAGGCCAAUUAAUCACUUCGGAAUAGUCAAUAUUUUCGAGAUUUAACCGUGCCUGGUUUGACCCGCUUAUGAAUUUGUUGCAAAUCGGUGCACAGUUGAUCUGAUGCUUAGUUUAUGAGAAACUGCCAGUGUAGAAUAAUUGCUGGCACGAAGUCUCCACCCACUGAUCGACAUUGUAUUGAUACGGCUAGGGAUAAAUUAAAUGAUUACUAGAAUUUUGACAUUCGCGCGCGCGCGUUCUUUUAGUACGCCACUAAACUGAAAGAACUAUUCUAAAUAAUCGUUUUCUAAAAAUGUUACCCGAAGAAUUAACCUUUCAGGCACGACGCGCCACUAUAGUGGCUUCCGCGGAUAUCAUCUUUUAGAACGACACGCCACUAUAGUGGCUUCCGCGGAUGUCAUCUCUCUGGACGACGCGCCACUAUAGUGGUUUGCUCUAAUAGCUCACACGCUCGUCGUUUGAA